AUGGGUAUUAACGCUUUACAAUUCGCUGUCAAUGACGUUCAAUCCGCUGCUGGUAGCUCCGGUGACUCUAUUGCUUCCGCCGCUGGUGGUUCUGGAAGCAGUAUUACCUCUGCUGUUGCUGCUGCUGGUGACAGUGCUAGCUCUGCUAUUGGUGGUGGUGCCGGCUCUGCUUUAGGUAGUGCUACUUCAGGUGCUGCAGGUGCUGCUCAAUCAGGUAUGGAAUCUGCCACUUCUGCUGCUGGUGGUGCUAUGGCCUCUGGAUCUUCUGGAUCUGGUGGCUCCAUGGCUUCUGGUGGUUCCAUGGCUUCUGGUGGCUCCAUGGCUUCUGGUGGUUCCAUGGCUUCUGGAUCUUCUGGAUCUGGUGGCUCCAUGGCUUCUGGAUCUUCUGGAUCUGGGGGUUCUAUGGCCUCUGGUUCUUCCGGCUCUGGAUCUGGUGGUUCUAUGGCCUCUGGUUCUUCCGGCUCUGGAUCUGGUGGUUCUAUGGCCUCUGGUUCUUCCGGCUCUGGAUCUGGUGGUUCUAUGUCCUCUAGUUCUUCCGGCUCUGGAUCUGGAUCUGGAUCUGGAUCUUCCUCGUCUUCAGAAUCAUCUGCUAAUUCUCAUGUUGACUUUGGAGCAUGGAAGAAGGCCGCUGCUGUUGCCGGUAUUGCUGGUUUCAGUUUCCUUUUCAAUGUCAUGUAA